AUGGCCCCUAACGUCCCACCUCAGCCUGUGCCUAUUGAAAGGCCUUGUGAGUUCAAAACUGAAUUUCACCCUCGCAGUGGCCAUGAAACAUGCUACCAACCAUACGAGGAGUUCGGUGUCACUCCCAAGCAGCAAGCUAUUCCUGCGGAGGAAGAACCGUGGCGCCCAUUCCGGUCACGCAGCGAUUUCGAGUUCUCUGAGAUUGCACUCGACGCUGCUCUCAACGAGAACCAGGUUGACAGGCUGCUUAGCCUCAUGGCCCGUAUAUCACAGGGUCAAGCUCAAAUUAUGCUCGCAAACAAGGCAGAUCUGCGCAAGGCAUUAGAUAAUGCUGCGGCUGAACUGACACCGUUCGGGAAACAUGAAAUAAAGGUUCCCUACAAUAAGGAGGAGCGGGUCUUCGAGGUGCAUGCACGUCCCAUAUGGGACUGGGCCCUCAAUCUGUUGGAUAACCCAUCGCUGGCACCGCAUUUUGUUUGGGACGCACAACGCCUUUACAAACAUAAUGGUACAGAUUUUGAACACUUUUUCAAUGAACCUUGGACAGGUGACCAGUGGUGGGAAAUUCAAUCUCGUCUCCCGCCAGAUCUGAAUGCUGCCCCCUUUUGCUUUAUACUGUAUGCCGACAAAACCAGACUCUCUUCGCACGGAACAGUUAAAGGGUACCCGGUAAUGGUGCGCUGCGCAAAUCUACCUAUCGACAUUCGAAACGGCGAGGGAAUCGGCGGUGGUCGGGUGGUUCCCGAAGACGCGUCCGAAACGGGGAAACUCGGAUAUACUACUCUGAAGCGUGUCGUAUGGCACGAUUCGUUCCUAAAGCUUCUCGUUAACCUUGACCGGUACUCAAAGACAGGGUACUCAUAUUUGUGCUAUGACAAGAUCACGCGCUGGUUAUUUCCCGCCAUACUGAUACUUUCCGGGGAUUACGAGGAACAAUGCAUGAUGUCGCUUAUACGUGGUUUGCAAUGCAAGUGUCCAUGCCCUGUUUGUCUGGUCCCUCUCGACGAGCUUCACAACUUGUCCAAGGAAUUCCCAAUCAGGUCUGCGAAAGACGCGCAGGCUGCGCUCGAUGUUUACGGACACAACAGAACUCAAGGCGAGGAAAUUCUGAAAGGGCUAGGAUUGCGUCCUGUGGCAAAUGUCCUCUGGCACAUCGAGAAUUCCGACCCUCAUGAGGCAUUGAGCCUUGACGACUUGCAUGCUAUACAUGGCGGUAUAGGGGGGGUACAUUUACUUGGAGAAUUGAAGACGAUCCUUGCUGACCUUGGACGUGCAGCCCAGGACAAUGUCGAGAAACAGGUUGCUGAGUUCCCUCGAUGGCGCUCUCUCGCCCAUUUCACCACCAUCAUCCAUAUCACCUUCAGCGAUGGCAACAAGAAGCGGGACUUGCAAGGAUUUUAUGCGGCGCUCAGCGUUUUAAAGCGCCAAGUCAGUCCAGAAGGCUACCGCCUUCUUCGGAUCAUUUGCAGUUACCUGCAGUUAGAUAGCUUGGUCGGGCUUGAUGUGCACACAGAGCGGACACUUCAAAUGAUAGACGCCAAAUUCCUCGUCUAUGAUGCUGCACUCAAGGACUAUAUUGAAUAUGCCGCUACGACAUCCUCCAUUGCAGACAUCAAGACCGACUGGAACUUUCCAAAGUCACAUCUUUGGAAACACAUGCGACGGGACAUUGAAUUGAAAGGCGUGGCGCGUAACUACAGCACUCGCCCAAAUGAAAAGCUCCAUGGCCCCCUCAAAACGGCCUAUCUUUCUCGGUCAAAUGGAAAAGAUGUUGCUAAACAGAUCCUUCGUGUUGACCAUCACAAAUAUGCAGCCCUGCUUUUGCGAGGACGUGUGGAUACCCUCGACGAACAGCGCCGCCUGCAGGCCUUAGGCGAUGAACUUGAUGACGAGGACCAUGACCACAUCAAUCUUGAUGGGCAUUUCAAGCUCGGUUCCCCUCAACCCAAUGCCAUCCAGGAAUUCGAAAACAGGCUUGGCGCUCGAGAUCCAGCGUUUCAAAGCUUCCGCAGGAAAUUUUCUGAUUUCAUCAACACGUUGUUACCUACUUAUGGAUACCAUUUGACAAGAUGGACCACCAUUCCAGCUGAUUUCCAGGUCCAUGAAUACCGCUACCUCAAGAUCAACUAUGAGAGUACCGUCAACUGGAGGCAGUCAACAGACCACCUCCGGUGCAAUCCUUCUUUCCAUGGGUCUCCGCACUAUGAUUGCGCAUUCAUACAACUUACUGCAGAAUCGACCGCCUUUGUCAAGAUUAUACUAAUGUUUAAAUGUGAAGUUCCAGAUGUCGGCGCCUUCCAAUUUGCAUUUGUUCAGCCAUACACCGCCGGCAUUCCUGGUGGCUCUCGCAGGAUUGACAGAGAUUUAAGGCUCACUCGGGUCAAAGCGGCUCCCAGAAAAGAUUCGAUUUUUGUACCCCUCAAGUCCUUCAUUCGAGGAGCCGUUUUGGUCUGCGAUCCAGAGCACCAAGACGAGUUUUUGGUUGUUGAGCAUAUUGACAGCAAUAUGUUCCUGCGCAUGAAGGCGCGGACACAUUGA